UCUCGUCAAGGCACCCGAUACCGAAACGCGAUGCGAUGGUGAAGACAUCGCUCUUCACGGUUUGGGCACUGGUGGUGCUGACACCCCUUGCGGCCGCCGGUAGCCAUGGCUUGCACGAUGAGGCACCCGUUCAGCAGGCAGCGCAGCCGAGUCAUGGCGCUUUGUUUCUGAAGAUCAGACAUGCCUUGAGCAGCUUAGGUGCCAGCAGUGCAAAACCUGGAGAAUCGGAUUGUUACUAUAUCAUGGGUUUGUCCAAGUUUUCGUGGGCCUUCAUUUGCGACCUACUUGCAUUGGCCGUGAUCUUGUUGUGCAUUCCAUUGCUCCUUUCUUGCUCGAAGCGCAGGCCUUUGGGUGCCUCCAUGUUCGAGUUCAAAUGCUGCACGCCUGAUACCUCGACGUCCUUGAAGACACCCUUUUCGACGUAUCACUCCUUUCAGAUGAACUGAGCCAUGAAGAAACCCUGUUGAUGGGUGAAUUUGUUGGAUUUAUG